AUGUCGAUUUCAAAGAAUUAUAAGAAAAAUAUUCCUGUAACGGAUCUCCAGUAUUACUACUAUGUUUGCUAUGAAGCUUUAAAUCAGAAUCCUCAGUUCCAUUAUGAUGAGAAUGUAAAGUUUUAUAAAAAUACCUAUCGGUUGUUGGAUGAGAAUUUUAACUUAAUCAUAGAUGACCGAGAGACGCGGGAGAAGGCCAAGAAUCUCAUUUUCUUUUAUAGUAUGUAUGACAAGAAUAUAUAUAGUAUCAACAAAUUGACAUCUAUUCAUUUGAAUAACUAUGAUAGUAUAUUCUAUACUAAGCACAAGUUAUUUAUAAAUUGUGUUAUUUUGAUCAUAUCAGGAGAUGAUUGUGCCAUGGGUUGUUAUCUUGAAGGAGAGCUGGUUGCUCACAAACGUUUUCAUCGUUAUAUUGUUCGAGGAGCAGGAAAGUCUCAGAUUCGUCAUGAUGAUGAGAGCGGAUACAGAACCAAAGGGAGUGCUGGAACGAACCUUCGAAGAUAUAAUGCUAAAGAAAUGGACAGUGAUAUCAGAACUCUCUUGAAAACAUGGAACCAGCAGUUAAAAUUAGUUAAAGUUGUUUUCUAUCAAGGAGCUGCAGUUCAUAGAGGUGCAGUUCUCUCCUACUUCAAAGAUUCGGGUUUACCUGUUGAAAAAUUACCAUUUCAAAUGGCUGCAAGAACCGGAGGCGUUAAGCAUGCUUACGAGGAACUCUUUAGAGUAACAUGCCACGGAACCGUAAAUCAGUUUUUCCAUGAUCUCGAAGAGAAUACUCUAUGUCAUAUACCCGAACCAAGCUUUGUGGACGAAGAACAUAGCGUUAAAUGGAAAGAUGCCAAAGAAGAACAAAGGCGAAAAGUUAAGGACCAGAGGAAAGCGAAAAGAGAGUCCAGAAGAGUUGUUUACUAA